AUGGAGAAGGUCCAAUUUCAGCUCGAGGCGACUCUACCAGAGCUACAAGAUCUGCACGAUAAAGGGUUAUUCACAAAACUCGAGAUCAACCAGAUCACCAAACGUCGGACCGCGUUGGAGACGUCCCUCGUCAGACAAAAGACCAGAAAGGAAGACUACUUUGCCUAUGCAGAGUAUGAGAUCAACCUCGAAAGACUACGUAAAGUCAGGUGGAAACGUCUAGGGUACGAGGAGAACCCCCCUCCGCCGUCUGCUUCCACCUAUUCUAUCCCUCGGAGAGUCUUGUACAUUCUCAAGAGAGCUACCGUGAAGUUUCCAAGUGACCUGGCUGUGUGGCUGGCCUAUGUCGAGUUUGCCGCUCGAGAGGGUAUGCGAAAGGUCGUCCUGAAGGGUUUGACCAACGCGUUGCAACACCAUCCACAAUCUCCCACCAUUUACCUGUUGCUUUCUUACCACCACAUCCAUCCCAAUGAGCCGUUCCCACGUGGAGUCAUCCCAUCCUCUUCCUCCCUCACUCUGCCUCUGGCCCCGGAACCCUCGGCGUCUUUCUCCAUAGACGGCACCUCUUCAGCUCGGACGACAUUGCUUUUGGGUCUGAGAACGUGUCCAAAAUCUCACGCGUUAUGGACAGAAUACAUCAAGCUCGAAUUAGGCUGGGUAGAAGUCCUGCGCCGGCGAUGGAGUGCUUUGGGCCUGGAGGGAGGUGACAAGACCAAGACCGCAGAGAUCUCUCUGGACGGCGGGGAAGGAUCCUUUGGUCCAGAUGGGGAGGAUGCGAGGAAGGCGAUCCUGGCUGGGCAGUUGGUCACUCAAGCCCUGCGCUCCGCUCUGGAGACUAUCGAGGCGAAUGCAGAUGGUAUGGUGUUUAGGGAGAAUCUAUUGGCCGUGCUCCGGGUAUAUCCCAGCCCGCUGCGACAAAUCGGUUUGGAUCUCCUGCAUGAGGAUCUCAGUCGAGUCGAACAAGCGGGUGGCAAAGAAGGAGCCCGAGCAAAGUUGCUCAACCUCACGCGACGAUUAUAUGAGCAGCCUUAUGGGAGCACUUCAGCGGGCGACUUGGCGUUGGAAGGCAUCGAAUUGGUCGAAGAGCUGGGCCGGAUCGGCAAGGAGAUCAGGAAGACUGCAAAAGGCAGAGACAACGCGUGGACGGACAUCGCUGGAUCGUGGCUACACCAACAGGCACGAGACGUGCGCAUCAGCGCCGAAAUGGUGAGUGUAUGUGUUUGCUCGCGUUGA